CUCCGAGAAAUCCCGGUCUUGCGACACGUUUGAGCUGAUUCUGCCCUCACUGGUGAGACACGCAGAUGUUGAUUAGAUUCUCUUCCAAUUCUGCUGGGCUCUAGCUGGGCCUCGUGUGCCAGUGCGGUCCAUGAAAGCCCCUUUGGCUCUAGCGGAGUCACUUUCGCAACGAAGUGGGCGCUCCGUCGUGGUCGGUGACGGUAUCGCCAUGUCCACCCUCCUUCGGGUCCCGCUGCUCAGCGUGGCCAUGUGGUUCUUCACUGGAAGUGCUUUGAAGACCGCCGAAUUAGACUAUUGUAUCGGAGAAGAAAUGGAUGUGGACAUCGAAGCGUGUGGCGGGGGCGUUAUACCCGGCUGCAACACGAAGUAUGUGAAGAUUGCUUCAGGCUAUGCUCAGUGCAAGGAGACCGACGGUAACUGUGUCACGGAUAAGAUUUGCCAGAAGGCUCCUACUCCCAAGGAGGUGUGCUAUGCUGCGAAGACGCCCGACAAUCAGAAGUACACAGGAGACCACUGGAAGCUGGCGCCCGGCGCGCAAAAGCAAGUGGCCUUCAAGGUGAAGGCGAAGAACGAUGCCCACUUGAGCUUCUUCGGUGGAAAGAAGGAACAGGGGAACCGCUAUGAGAUUGUGAUCGGCGGUGGUGGCGACAAGUUCUCAUGGAUCAGGAGAUGCACCAGCAACAGGUGCCACAACAAACAUGAGUUGAAGAAGACGGGAUUCAACGGGAAGCUUUCGGAGGAGAGAGAGUUCUGGGCCACCUGUGAGAAUGGCAAAGUGCAAUGGGGCACCGGCCUGGUGGUGGGCCAGAGCAUGCAGCAGGAAUGGGUGGAUUCGGAUCCAAUGGAGUGCGAGUAUGUCGACAUCAGGACCGGUUGGGGCUCCACAGGCGACUGGAACUUCUGUGUGAGGGGCUCGAAAAAGUCAUGCCACGAGGUGAGCACCAAGGACAACAAGAAAUAUACAGGAACUCAUUGGAUGCUGCCCAGAGGUCCUGAGAAGAAGGUGGUGAUGAAGGUCAAGGCCAAGAACGAUGCACAUGUGGGCUUCUUUACCAAGAAGAAGAGCAACCAGAACAUGUACGAGAUUGUCAUUGGUGGCUGGGGUGACUCGCAAUCUGUGAUCCGGCAGUGCAAUCAGUGCAAGAACGAGGUCGUGACCAAAACCAAAGAGAUCAACGGAGAUGGCUUUGAGGAGAAGGAGUUCUGGGCCACCUGUGCAGACGAUGGGAUGCUUCGAUGGGGCAAAGGCAACCAGAUAGGCGAGGAACUCAUGCAGGAGUUCAAGGGCAAGCACAGCUGCGAUUACUUCGAUGUCAUGACUGGCUGGGGCUCGAGCGGAACCUGGGAGUUCUGCAUGUUGGCAUAGCAGAUCGCUGCGGUUCGCGGCUUUUGUUCGAGUACUGAAGGGCUCGGCUGGUAGCAUCGUAGCUAAGCUCUUGCCGAUUUGAGUUCGGAGAAACACGG